AACUUAUUACAAAGAGCCAUGGGCAACAUUUUUAAUUUAUCAGAGAGAGAGAUGGCAUAUGUACUUAUUUUGUCACUUUGAUGUGUUAGUAUGACACAUUCCAGAGCCUCAAAAUGUUGAUCCUUUAGGAUCUGGUAGCCAAUUUCGUAGUUAAAACUACAUACAUUACAUGAUAAAGUCUACAGACAAGUACCUAGGAAUCAUAAAACUAAACCAGUCCAGAAAAUACGAGUAAAAAACACGCCAAUUUUCAGGAAGACCACGUUAUAUAAUUGUUCUUGGAUAAAUAAACAUGGUUCUGGCAUCAUCAACUGAUUUAUAAUUCUCAAGAAGUCAAACUCAACCAAGAUGAUUUAGCUAUCACUUAAGCUAUCUGUCUGUCAUCGUUGACAACCAGUCUAUGAAGAUCUUUCUUAAAAUUCCACGCUCAGUGAUAACAAGCUCAUUUCUUUUCCACAAUACACUUGAUAAGGGAAGUAAUGACUAUUGUUGAUAAAAGUGAGCCUCAAACAAGACUUCAGGGAAAAUAUAAAGCAGUGGCAGUUUGCUGGAUUCUUGGACUGGGGUCCCUUAUGUCAUGGAACAGUAUGUUGACUAUAGGAGAUUACUACUACAAGUUGUUCCCACUAUACCACCCUUCAAGGGUACUUACCCUCGUUUAUGAACCAUUUGCAAUUGUGACAAUGGCAGUACUUGCCUACAAUGAGUCAAAGAUUGAUACUAGAUUGCGGAAUUUGAUUGGAUACUCUCUCUUCUUUGCAAGUACUGUGAUGCUCAUAGUAUUGGAUUUAGCAACAUCUGGGAAAGGAGGAGUUGGUCCUUAUAUUGGUAUAUGUGCAAUUGUUGGUUGCUUUGGAGUUGCAGAUGCCAAUGUUGAAGGUGGAAUGAUUGGAGACCUAUCUUUCAUGCACCCAGAACUCAUUCAGUCCUUCCUUGCUGGCUUGGCUGCAUCAGGGACUCUAACAUCAGUUAUGAGAAUAGUAACAAAAGCUGCCUUUGAGAAAUCUGAAAAUGGUCUUCGCAAGGGGGCGAUGUUAUUCCUAGCAAUCUCAGCGUUCUUUGAGUUUCUCUGUGUUAUUCUCUAUGCCUAUUUCUUCCCUAAACUGCCAAUAGUGAAGUACUACCGGUCAAAGGCAGCAUCUGAAGGAUCAAAAACAGUAUCAGCUGACCUUGCUGCCGCUGGAAUCCAAGUGGAAGCAGACCAAGAAGCAGAAGGGAAUGCUAAUCACCAUGAGAGAUUGAGCAAUAAGCAAUUAUUCUUUGAGAACAUUGAUUAUGCAAUUGACCUGUUCCUGAUAUAUGUCCUGACACUGUCAAUUUUCCCUGGUUUCUUAUAUGAAAAUACAGGAACACACCAGUUGGGGUCAUGGUACCCACUAGUUCUGAUUGCAAUGUAUAGUGUCUGGGAUUUCCUAUCAAGAUACAUUCCUCUUUUGCAAUGCCUAAAGAUGGAAUCUAGAAGGAGCCUUAUGAUUGCAACUCUUUCUCGGUUCUUACUUAUCCCGGCUUUCUACUUCACAGCAAAAUAUGGUGACCAAGGAUGGAUGAUCAUGCUCGUAUCCUUCUUGGGACUAUCCAAUGGUUAUCUUAUUGUCUGUGUCCUCACAGUAGCACCCAAAGGCUACAAGGGACCUGAGCAAAAUGCCUUGGGUAAUUUGCUUGUGUUGUGUCUUCUAGGUGGUAUAUUUGCAGGAGUUGCUCUUGAUUGGUUGUGGAUAAUAGGUCAUGGAAGCUUUUAAGGCGAGAAGUCCAUAAUGCUAUCACUGAAUAAACCAAUCGCCUCACUUGAUUGUAGAACUUUUUGUGUAAUUAUAAUGAAAGCAAAUUGUAAAGGCUUGAUGAAAUUAUUGACUUUGAACCCAACAACAACAACAAACUAUUGAGUGGUGUAAAAUUGUUUAGAAUUACAUUAUGUGUAACUUGAACCAUAUAUAUAGAUUGAGUAAAAUUGGUAUUAAG